CUUCAAUUUCUUUUUGUCCUGCAUGAACCGAGUUCAAGUUGUCGCAUUCACACCUCGUGCUGUCUCCCUUUUAUAGUAACUGAUUGAACCUACUGGAUCUACUUUCUGCAUUGAUAGCUUUUAUCUUCGCUGGAUCAGCAUACUCCCGAUACACUCCCGCCAAUAUGCCACCCCCCUCCUGGCAGAGGCAUGAAGUUGAACCGCCCGAGCACAUCACCUCCGAGGCCGUUCGGGGGUUUCUUACGGGUGCAUUCCGAUUCGGCUCCGUCUCAAUCAUCGCACACAUGAUCAUGAUUCUCCCACAUCCCUUCAAAUUCUCCCCCGCAUCGUCCGCUCCAGUCCCCUCGCAACCUCCCAACUCCCCGCGCCCGAAACAGUCGCCAUUCUCCAAAGAGUACAUCCGUUCUCGACUGUUCCAUCGUCCGCUGGAGGGCUUCUCUGACUGGCUGUCUCCGGCCUCUCGCGUCUAUCGCGGACUGACGCCGCAAUUCAAAGUCUUCCUGCAAAUCGGAGCCAUGACGCUCGGUGGAUAUAUCUGGGCCGAGAAACGGGUGGAUGAGUACAUCAAGUUCGUGCGCAAGGUGAAACGGGCGGAGAAGCUUCAGGCCGAGAGAGCUGCCAAGGGUCUCGACUAGGUUGGUAUGUCCUCGUCAACUAUACCCGGGGCGAGGCGGACUGCGCCGGAUCCAUUUGCAGCGACCAGCGACCGCGACCGCGACAGUAGCCAGAACGAAGAUAGAAUCGACCACCUAGACUGACUUUCCCACCUACAGCAUAGCCACUCUUCGGCAAUCUCCAUCCAUGCUCCACUAUAUCGCAACUUCCGUGUUUGAAGGGUUCUCGCGAAACGCACUUCCCCCCAACCUGGAACACGCUACCAAAGCCAGCGCCGGGAUCGCUCAGCCACCAA